CGUGAAUUGAGCUCUUCCUCCCGUCGAAUUACUUUGCUGUGUAAUCUGACUGAACUAGUGGUCUAUCUCGGUCUUAUCUGUCACCAAGCUGUGCUAAGCCGCUCUUCAUCCUCGUACUGCUCUCCUUCCGGCCAUAAACCCAUCACCUCCACUCUAUUUGACACUUACUUUGGCCCUACUGCUCGGAUGGGCUUAUUGACUCUGCUCUUUUGCACUCGCGUAUACUCAGCAGGCCGGAAACUAGCUGGCUGGCAUUGGUGGUUGAGAUGGCGCCACAGUGAGUCGCCGGUCAGUAGUUCGCCUACAUGGAGCUUUGACGGUCUUCACAUAGUUCCGCAGCAUGAGUUGGCCCGUCUUCUUGUAAGCGGAGAGGAUGAAGUGUGCGCUAUAUGCUACGCUGCCUGGCGCGCUAGCCUCUUGCCCUCAGAAGGAGCCAAACACCGUACAGAGCUGCCGUCAAUGCUACCAAAUACAAGGUCCAGUGGUCCUGAGGGCGAAAUGGAAUUUUCUUUGGAAAAUCCAGCCGUUAAGGCGAUGGAUUCAUUGGAAGUCAUGGGACUUGGAAGACUAAUGGAGGAGAAACGAUGUAUUGGGUCGAAUGAUGGAGCGAAA